AUGAAGACCAUGGAAAGCGACAUGGCUGCACUAGCACUCAAUGUCGAGUCCAAUGACGAGGGGAAUGUCAGUGAGACCUCGUCUUCGGAAGAAGGCGUGUCGUCUUCUUCUUUCGAGAAUAUCCCACCGCCAUCCAUUUUUAGCGAUAAUGACGACGAUAUUGCGGGUCAAUUGCUGAGUAUUUUGGCUGAGGAGAUGUCUCAGAAGAAGCGGAAGCGAAAUCUCAAGACUGCGGGGCCAAGUACAACAGGAAUUCGUCAUCGGAAGGUACUGGCUCUGGCGUUACCUAAGGACGACCUCAAGCGGGAGAAGAACCGCGACUCGGUCAAACGCUCGUAUUAUCGCAAAAUUGAGACACUUGAUGAACUGAGACAACACGCUGAGGAUCUACGGGAGCAGUACAUGACUCUCCUGGCUCAAUGGGAAAACAAGACGAGGAAGGAGAAGGUCGAGGCAGCUUCUACCCCGUCCAGUCUUAUAGAAAGGUACCUGGAACUUGCAAGGUGGCGUGACCAACUGUGGAUGGAGAACACGCAGCUUCAAGAGCAAUUUGACGAUCAGGAGAAAAUCACGUAUCGUUUUCAGCGACUGUUCAAUAUUAAUUACCAGCUCAUGAACCGCUCAUUUGCAGCACCAAUACAACAAGCCGACGCUGAUCGCCGUGUUCAGACACCGAUGCUUAUCAUGAACGAGAUGUCGUUUGGAAGCUUCAAUGUGUUUGCACAGGAGGCACAACGCACGUUCGAGACUUUCCUGGAGAGUCGCCAUUGCAUGGUCACAACGGAGACGGCACUUGGAUGGACGUGCUCCCACGUUGCCAAAGACAACUCAUUUGGCUACUACUUUGAAAAGAGCUUUCAGCCCAAUUCGUACAAGUGUGUGUCGGAAGUAGUGCGGGCAGCAUGGCAAACACUCACGUCGCCCGAAAAACAUUCGAAGCUGUACGCGCCGGCGUUAAAUACGCGUUUCCACAUCAUGCAGCAGUUUGACAACAACAGCUAUGUGCUGUAUCGUACUAUGGAGAAAGAGGGAGAGGACUCGAUCACUACAGCCCUCAUCAUCAUGACGCGCAUUCCUCAUCCAAAUUACUCGGGCUGCCUCAUUAUCUGUAAAGGUCUUCGCCGCGAAGAGCACACGCUACAUGUGGAGUUUAGCGAAGUCAUUGCGUUGCAGAAGAAGAAGGAGUGGCGAGAAUCCAUGUACUGGCUCAAUAUCGAGGAGAAACAUGCCGAUGACAAGGUUGAGGCGAGUCAAGAUGGUUCUAACGAGAACAAGAGGAAGAUGCUGAAAGUCGUGCACGGCGGAAUUAUGAACAACAUGGGCGAUCGCAGUCGCUCUUUUUGGCUAUUUGAGAACUUCCAGAUUGCUCUUCGCUGGGAGCAGAAUCUUGGUCUGGGUGAACCGAUAAGCUGA